CGCAUAACCCUCAAUAAAAUCAUGGCGAAAGAUAAAAAGAAAGGCGCCGCCGACGGCAAAAAAGGUGGUGGAUCCGCUGCGGAAAAGAAAGCAGCCGCCAAGGCCGCAAAAGCUGCAAAGCAAGAAAAGAAGGCAGGCAAGAAGGAAAAGAAGCAAGCAUCCAAAGAUAAGGAUGUUGAUUCCGAUGCCGAAUCGGUCGAUCUCGACGAUGUGCUCGCACAGUACGCAAAGGAGCAGGAGCAAUAUCACGCCAUUACAGAAGUCGCAUGCGACCCGCCGUCGGCUCGGAGCUCAAGCACCAUUAUUGGAAAUCCUGCGAAUGAGAAUGAGCUGUUUUGCUACGGAGGCGAGUACUUCAAUGGUGCGACGGCGCAGUUCUUCAAUGAUUUGUUCGUGUACAAUGUCAAGAAGGAUAUAUGGAAUAAAGUUACCAGUCCGAAUUCGCCACUGCCCCGUUCAGGACAUGCCUGGUGUCGGGCAGCAAAUACUAAAGAAGUCUAUCUGUUCGGAGGGGAGUUUAGUUCGCCCAAGCAGGGGACGUUUUAUCACUACAAUGAUUUCUGGAAACUGGACCCCAGUAACCGCGAGUGGACACGCAUCGAAGUAAAAGGCAAGGCAUCUUCACCGCCAGCUCGCAGUGGGCAUCGCAUGGUGGGAUUCAAGCAGUACAUUGUGGUUUUUGGUGGAUUUCAGGAUACCUCGGCCACGACUAAAUACCUCAAUGAUCUCUGGAUCUACGACUGUGUCAACUUUGUAUGGCACCAGCCGAAACUACAAUCCGCACGAGCUGUCCCCGAUGCGCGAUCGAGUUUCACGCUGCUUCCGCAUGAUCAGGGUGCUGUGCUGUAUGGCGGAUACUCGCGUGUCAAGGCUGUGGCAGGUGGGAAGCAGCAGCAGCAACAACAAGGAAAGGGUAAGAAGGGUGGUGGAGGAGCUGGAGGAGGCGCGCGUAUGGUUCUUAAACCCAAAGUUCAUGAAGAUACGUGGUUCUUACGCAUCACGCCUCCCCCAUCAGACCAGCCUUCCACAAAUCUGCCAACCGUUUCUUGGGAACGCCGUAAGAGACCUGCGAAUCCGCCGAAUCCACCACGCGCUGGAGCGACUAUGGCCUAUCACAAAGGUCGCGGUAUCAUGUUUGGUGGUGUGCACGAUGUUGAAGAGAGCGAAGAGGGUUUGGAUUCCGAAUUCUUCAACCAACUCUAUGUUUGGAACAUUGAGAGAAAUCGAUACAUGCCUCUGAAUCUGCGUCGCCCGAAGGCCAAUGCGAACAAGAAAGCUGCUCAACAGGCCAACCUAUCAAGACGGGACCGCGCCAAAGCCGACGAAGAAGAACUCCUCGCCAACCUCAAAGCACUUGAGAUGAAGGCUGGCGGUGGUACAGCCCCUGAGCCCGACUCCGACGACGAGGAAAUGAAGAAAAAGGACGACGACGACGAAGAAGCCACCAAAGUAGAGAAAAUCCGGACCUACGAAUACCCGCACCCAAGAUUCAACGCCUCCCUCACAGUCCAAGCCGAUACCCUCUACAUCUUCGGCGGCACAUAUGAAAAAGGCGACCGCGAAUUCACCUUUGACGAACUCUGGUCCAUCAACCUCAACCACCUCGACGGCGUCGUCGAGAUCUUUAAACGCGAGCUCGAAGACUGGCAAGGCAGCGACGACGAAGCAGACUCGGAAGACGACGAAGGCGAAGAAGGGGACUCGGACGAAGAAGACAACGAAGAGCAGGAAGAAGAAAAAUCCUCCCUCGCUUCACCCGUGUCGACUGCGCCCUCGACGCCAUCGCCCUUCCCGCCAAAGGAAGCCGUGGAUGAAGAUAUCGGCACCACGGAGGAAAUCUCCGCGCUUACAGAUACGCUACCGCAUCCGCGCCCGUUCGAGUCGCUGCGCGACUUUUAUGCGAGAACGAGUGAGGCUUGGCAGAAUCUUACUAUUGACGAGCUUACCAAGAGCGCGAAGGGCAUGGAGAAGUCGCCCAAGGAGAUUAAGAAGUUGGCGUUUGAGAAGGCUGAGGAGAAAUGGUGGGAUUGCAGGGAGGAGAUUCGCGCGUUGGAGGAUGAGCAGGAGGCGGCUGGUAUCGGGGAGGUUGUUUCUUUGGCGGAUAGGGAAGGGGCGGGCGCGGGUACGGGUGUUGGGCGAAGGAGAUAA